UUGACUUUGACUACAAAACUUACCAACUUCAUAAUUGAAUACAGUUCUUCACGCAGCUUGGCCGCCAUUGAUAGGAUUGAGCACCACCAUCUCCUCCUGCUUUGUGAGAUUUCCAAAAAGUGAGAAAGCAUGAGUGAGGUAAAUCAUCAAAGCAUCAAAACCAAUGGAAUAUGGAUGCACAUAGCAGAGCAAGGGGUAGGACCUCUAGUGCUUCUUCUUCAUGGGUUCCCAGAAACUUCGUACUCUUGGCGCCACCAAAUCACUUUUCUGGCAAAUCAUGGUUACCAUGUGGUUGCACCUGACAUGAGAGGCUAUGGUGACUCUGACUCCCCGCUGAGUCCCAACUCCUACACCAUGAUGCAUCUUGUGGGUGACCUCACAGGCCUUUUGGACCAUUUUGGUGAACAACAGGAACCUGGAAGAGCAGAGAGGGCAUUUGCAAGGUAUGAUUAUCUAACAGUGAUGAAGAAGCUCUUGCUCGUAACCAAGACAGAUGCUAUGAUAGCUCCUCCAGGUAUGGAGAUAAUUGAUAAUCUGGAGACCCCAUCGGUGUUGCCAAAAUGGAUUACUGAAGAGGAACUUCAGGCCUACGCAGACAAGUUCCAGGAAUCUGGCUUCACAGGUCCUCUCAAUUAUUAUCGUGCCAUGGACCUGAACUGGGAGCUUCUGGCACCAUGGCAAGGAUCCAAAAUUACUGUCCCAACAAAAUUCAUAGUAGGUGACAAGGAUUUGAAUUUCGAAUCUUUUGGUACAAGGGAAUAUGUGACAGGGGAUGUUUUCAAGGAACUUGUCCCCAAUCUCGAAGUUGUUUUCCUAGAUGGGCACCAUUUUAUCCAACAGGAGAAAGCUAAAGAAGUCUCAAAUGAAAUUCUCUUCUUCAUCAGGAAAAUUACCAAGGAUUAGUAGAUUUUCUCAUGUUUAGAAAACCAUGGUUAAAAAUAUUGUUUAUAGAAUCUUGGAGCAUCCAUACACUUUGACUUAGCAAACCGACCAAUGUGGUUUGGCAUAAAUGCCACCUCUCCCAAUUGUUUCCAUCAAACUCAAAAUAG